AGCCACGCAACCAAAGCCAAGGACACCACCACCAUUCUCUCUACUCCUCACUGAGAGGAAACAAAGGGAAGCAUCUUGAGCGAGUGUUCGGAGCCAAUGGAGAAGUCGUCGUCCGAGAAUGCCACCCCGCUGAAGCUGUUCGGGUCGUGGGCGAGCUCGUACACGCACCGCGUGCAGCUGGCGCUGCGGCUCAAGGGCCUUGAGUUCGACUACGUGGAGGAGGACCUGGGGAACAAGAGCGACGAGCUGCUCCGCCACAACCCCGUCCACAAGAAGGUCCCCGUCCUCGUCCACGGCGGCCGCGCCCUCCCGGAGUCCGUCAUCAUCCUCCAGUACCUCGACGACGCCUGGCCCGAGACCCGCCCGCUCCUCCCCGCCGACGCCUUCGACCGCGCGCUCGCGCGGUUCUGGUGCCACUUCGCCGACGACAAGCUCGGGCCGGCGGUGGGCGCGGUGUUCGCGUCGACGGGGGAGGACCAGGAGGCGGCGGUGCGGCAGGUGCACGAGAACCUGGCGCUGCUCGAGACCGAGCUCCGCGACGGCGCGUUCAGGGGCCGUCGCUUCUUCGGCGGCGACGAGGUGGGCCUCCUGGACGUCGUCCUGGGCUGCGGCUCCUACUGGCUCGCCGUGUUCGAGGACGUCACCGGGCUGCGCCUCGUGGACGCCGACGCCUUCCCGCGCUUCCACGCCUGGCUGCGCGACUUCGAGGCCCUGGACGAGGUCCGCGACACCAUCCCCGCCGUCGACCGCCUCCUCGACUACGCGCGCGGCCUCCGCCACAUGCUGCUCGGCCUCGCCGGCGCCGGCGCCGCGGCCGCACCCUCCGCCCCCGACGCCCCCACCACUGCCGCCGCGCCCGCGGCUGACAUCGCCGUCGACAUCUGAACGCGCAAGGCGGCGUCGUCGGGCUCCGGCGUCCGGCGUCUGGCGUCUGUGCCAGCGCGGCGCCUGUCCGGCUAGGGAUCAGUAGCAGCUAGUACCAGUAUAGUUUGCCGUGUCGAUGGCGCCAUGUACGUGUGGUGGCUGCGGAGUCUGCGUGCGUGCCUGGAGUGGGCUGCUGCUGCUGCCACCCACUGUUAUAAUGGCGCAGUUUGUGUUUGUCUAGGUGUCGAGUUUGUUUUCUCAACGUCCUUUUUUUUUUUCUUUUGAUAUAAACUUUCCCUCCAGUGUAGUCUAUGUUUGCUUGUUCUAGCAGUUUGGCUGGCUUGUUGAAAUGUUAGCCAGCAUGUGCACCUUUCUGGUAAUUUCUUCGAGCAAGUUUCGGCGUA